GAAACCACCCAUCAUUUUCACGCGCGCACACAUAAACAGACAGACACACAAACAUAACAUAACGUGUCUCUUCAAACUUCAACAACAACAACAAAGAUGGCGGAUGAUCAGAAAGAAGCUGCUGCUGCUGCGGUGGUUCACACUCCCGAUCACGAAUCAAUCACACCUCCAAAUCCUUUAUCUUCAUUCAUCUCAAACUUCACUCAACUUAUUAACUUCCGUUUUCCACCAAAGAAACUGGAAACUGAUACCAAAACAGCAGCUGGAAAUACGGUUUUUCGAAGCGGUGAACCGGCUGAGGACUCGAAACCGGCUACUGUUAGGUUUUCGGAUGCUCGUCCGACGACUGUUGCACCCUUGAAACUUGAAGCUGAAGAGGUUGAAAAGGAUACAAAUCCUGUUUUUCUUUGGCAGGUGUAUGCAAUUGGAGGAUUUUUCGUUUUGAGGUGGGUAUUGGCAAGAUGGAAUGAGCGAAAGGCGAACAAGAAUAAGAAAUCAUCUGAUGAAGAAGAUUCACCACCUCAACCACCACCAGCCGCUGAUGGCGACGAAUAGGGGUUGUUAAUAUUCAGUUAACUUACAAUAAGCCACAUAAAUGGACUGUCAUUUGCCUGUAUAAAACUUGGUGUUUGUUGAAUCCACAAAAUUUAUUACAUGGUUAUGUGUUUUCUAAA